AUGAUUGGCUUCAUCCGAAAGCCAAAGAUCGUGUUUGGUCAACUUUGGCACUCAUGCGUUCCGACGCCGCCAGUUCGCCACCGAAAUCGCCUCAUUCGGAUCCGAAGUGAAAGAUCACGAAAGACGAACGGGCGGGAACGAUGCCCUUCUCUGGCCGGUCGAGGGUCCACUGCCGAUGCGCAAUAUCGUUGCCGGGGAAACCCAACAGGAGCACGCAGAUCAUCACGUACGGAAUAUACGGAGGUGAUUGGCGUGGACUCGGGACAGUCCCACCGCAACUCUUCUGUCGUCACGGUGAGUGAGUCUUUCUCACGACCCAACCCGUACGCGCAUCGCAAUCCCAUUCGAAAACGACACUGUGGGGGUUUCGCUGGAGAUGAUUUGUCGGAUGAGGGACCCGGGACGUCGAGGGGCGUCGAAGCCGGGGAUUCUAAGGGCGGUGAGUUUCCUCGUCGUGUUGUGCUCGCUCGGGACCGCACUGGCGUUGGACAUGAAACAGACGAUCUUCAACGGCAUCGACGGCGUGAGCGCCACGAUCGCGAAUCCCCUCGCGACCCUCCCCGGCUGGAAUACCGUCACCUGCGCGGAUGCCUGCCUCAGGUAAACUUGCCCCGAGGGAAUUUCCUCGCGGGAUGGACCUAUGGGAAGCUAAUUCGUUUCUACGAUCGAAAGGAACGCGAACUGCCGGGUGUUUUCUCUCGAGACUCGGCCCAACACAACGAGAACCUCAUCCCACCCAGUUACGCCUUCGCGAUGAUCACGACAAAGAUCCAUUUUCUCAAGAAUUUGGACACGAGGAUGAAUUUUUCAACCGGGGUGGCCGCUUGCCAGCCCGACGAGGCCAACCUCGUCCAGGACGACAAAGGAGUCGCAUGGCACAAUUUCAUCCUGCAAUACGCCACGUCGAAAAUCGGAGCAACGAGCAACUUCUGGUUGGGGGGCAACGACCUCGACGGCAACCGCGUCUAUUACUGGAACGACGGGACCCCCGUGUCGGGUCAGACCUUCUGGUAUCCCGGGCAGCCAUCCUUCAUUUUCAACGGGAUCCCGGAGCAAUGCAUGGAACUUCGUUGGACUCUCCCUUCGGCGCCCAGCACGUUCAUCGACAAGUGGAACGACGCCAGAUGCUCGGAUGUGAAGGCCGUGUUCUGCGAAUUCCGCUUGCCCUGA